UAAUUUUGUUACAGUGGUGUGAGCACAAGAUAGUGUUUGUGUAAAGGAUUUGGGUCUGCUUUUACCUGUCCAGGGAGAUUAUUUCAUCAGUCGGGCAGUGGAUUUUAACCACUUGAUCUGAACACAGGCGAAGGAGAGAGAGAGAGUUUGAAAGGAAGUGGAAGAGUGAACUAGAGAAAAGGCAGACAUGGAGACGUUCAACUCCAAGGAAAUGGCUCUGAAGGCCCAGAAAAAGAUCCUGAGCCAAAUGGCCAGCAGGUCUAUGGUGCAGAUGUUCAUCGAUGACAACAGCAGUGAGAUUCUAGAUGAGCUUUACCGCGUGUCAAAAGAGUACUCUGGAAACCGUUCAGAGGCCCGGAAAGUGGUAAAAGACCUCAUUAAAGUGGUGGUGAAGAUUGCAGUCCUUUUCAGUCACAAUCGCUUCAGUGAUGAGGAGCUAAAGUUGGCUCAGACCUUCAAAAAGAAACUGCACCAGGGAGCCAUGACAGCCAUCAGCUUCCAUGAGGUAGACUUCACAUUUGACAAGGCUGUUAUGUCAGAAAUCCUGAAAGAGUGUAGGGACAUGCUGCUGAAGCUUGUAAACAUUCACCUCACACCAAAAUCUCAUGGACGCAUCAACCAUGUUUUCAACCAUUACUCUGACCCUGAGCUCCUCACCCAGCUUUACAACCCAUCUGGGCCCCUCAAGCCCCACCUUACCAAAAUCUGCAAUGGGCUUAACAAACUGCUGGAGGACGGGACAUUAUGAAAAUAGUGAAGA